AUGUCUCCAGAUCCAUUAAGCUGGACGUUGCGGUUCAAAAAGCAUAAGACAACCGUGUUGCUGAUGCUUCCAGCACAAGAAUCGAUCCAAUCCACAAAAGAAAAGUUGCACAGCGCACUCAAAGCGCGUGGCCUCACACAAAUAAAUGGCGACCCUAUCCCCGAGAAUCCUUCUGAAAUAGAAUUCGGCACCCCCGUCGAUCGAAAUGAACUUGAGAAAGGCUGGGUUCGCUUAGACGUUCCAACCGAUAAGAACGGCGAUAGCGCAACGAAGAAACCAAGCGCCGGACGACCGAAGAAGAGCUCUUUGACUGAUAGUCUGCAGGCAGCUGAUAUUCGUGAUGGCCAGGCUAUUGCAUUUCGGUUUAGAAAGACUACUGAUGGCGAUGAAGAUGCGGAACUUGAGGAUUCUGGGUGGGAUGUGUUGGUUCCAUCGCUCGACGACGAAGAGCCUGAGUGA